AUGACCUUGGACAAGGUCUCUAAAUUCGACGGCUGGAAGCACAGGUUCUACCUGCUGUCGGCUCCCAGCAAGCGGGAGAACUAUGAGUUCCGCCAGUACAAUAAGAAGCCCGACCUGAUGAGCCGGAAGUGCGCUCUUCCUCGGAUCCCUGAUGAGGACUUUGACAAAAUAAUUGAGGAAGAAAGAAGCUUUAAGAAUGUUGCAGACGGAGAAGACACCCAAGCGGUCCUCUACAACCAUCCGCAAGGAGCUUGUGGAAAAACAUGCGGCCGCAGUAAAGGCCAAGAUCAAUCUCCCUACUGGCCAGACUUCCAGAGGCAUGCUAAAGCCAUGCUGGAGGCGGUGAGCAGGAAGGACAAGAAUGCUAUCCCUGGGAUGGAGACGUUCAACCUUGAACGAAUCUUGUCCCUUCUGGCUGAGGCGUCGAGAAUCCAGCAGCUGGAGGCGGACCUGAAGACGGCCAACCAGCGGGCGAGCGACGGUAAGACGACUCAGAAGAAGGCGGAGGAGGCCCAGAAAAAGGCAGAUGAGAGUCUCAAGAAGGCUAACGAGGCGCUCAAAAAGGCCGAGGCGGACCAUGGCACACUCAAAGGUGUUUCUGAAGAGAACACCAACUUAAAAACCAAGGUGGAGAAACUAGAGAAGGAGGCGGCCCAGGCUCAGAUAAACUUUACAGCAACCCUGGAGGCGGAGCAAAACCGCCUGGUUGCUGAAAGCGAUGCUGACAACGAUGCCAGAAUGAAGAUCGCCUGGGCUGCCUUGUACCCAAACAAGGAUUAUGGCAUCUGGGCACUGGCUCACUGGUACGCCGAGGACGUGGUGUACUUGAGAGAGAAAGGUGAGCCAAAGCCUGAGUCCUUCGAUGCCUGGGCCAACGCCAACACUGAGCUUCCCGCGCCUAAGCUACCCGGUCCUGGUGAAGCACAAGAGAUUCCCUUAGAAGAUGAAAGAAGCUUUAAGAAUGUUGCAGACGGAGAAGACACCCAAGCGGUCCUCUACAACCAUCCGCAAGGAGCUUGUGGAAAAACAUGCGGCCGCAGUAAAGGCCAAGAUCAAUCUCCCUACUGGCCAGACUUCCAGAGGCAUGCUAAAGCCAUGCUGGAGGCGGUGAGCAGGAAGGACAAGAAUGCUAUCCCUGGGAUGGAGACGUUCAACCUUGAACGAAUCUUGUCCCUUCUGGCUGAGGCGUCGAGAAUCCAGCAGCUGGAGGCGGACCUGAAGACGGCCAACCAGCGGGCGAGCGACGGUAAGACGGCUCAGAAGAAGGCGGAGGAGGCCCAGAAAAAGGCAGAUGAGAGUCUCAAGAAGGCUGACGAGGCGCUCAAAAAGGCCGAGGCGGACCAUGGCACACUCAAAGGUGUUUCUGAAGAGAACACCAACUUAAAAACCAAGGUGGAGAAACUGGAGAAGGAGGCGGCCCAGGCUCAGAUAAACUUUACAGCAACCCUGGAGGCGGAGCAAAACCGCCUAGUUGCUGAAAGCGAUGCUGACAACGAUGCCAGAAUGAAGAUCGCCUGGGCUGCCUUGUACCCAAACAAGGAUUAUGGCAUCUGGGCACUGGCUCACUGGUACGCCGAGGACGUGGUGUACUUGAGAGAGAAAGGUGAGCCAGAGCCUGAGUCCUUCGACGUCUGGGCCAACGCCAACACUGAGCUUCCCACGCCUAAGCUACCCGGUCCUGGUGAAGCACAAGAGAUUCCCUUAGAAGAUGAGUAA